AUCAUGGUAAUGUUCUCAACCUUCAUCUUUCUAAAUCUCAUCAUGUCUGGCUAAUCUUCUAGUUGUUCCGGAUUUGAUGAACCCUAAUAUGUUUUACAUUGAUUGAGUAGUAUCUUUGAUAUAGACUUGUUGUUCUCGUUCUUACGAUCUUUUCUCGACUUAUCCUGUGCAAGUAUCAAUAGUACGCGUUUAUUGUAUAUUUUGUCUGAUACAUGUAAAUGAGACUGCGAGGUAAUUUUGCAUGUUAGAUCCCUCGUGAAAAGACGGAAUUGAUUGGAGCCACCGGCGAUGGGGUCACGUAGUUCCUCUAGAUUAACUUAAAAACCUAAUACGAAAUUUCAUAAAUCUGGUUAUUGCUUUGGUUUAAGAUUUUUGUAAGCCACAGUUUCACUUGAUUCUUUAGUCGAAAGGGUGUUAAUACAUGUGCGAACGGCUUAACACUAAAUUGGGAAUUUUCACGGUCUAAGAUAUUAACACUCAUCUAUGUUAAAUUCAACUUCUCUGUAAAAUGCCUAUUAAGGGGAUUCACUUCCGGGACAAUGCCUUCUCCAAUUGAUUUUACUUUGAAAACUACUUUAUUGUAUUUUUAUUAUUGUGUGUGUUUUUAUUUCCAAAUGAAAAUCAACUAAAAACGAUUGACUAAGUAAUAGGUAAAAGCUGAGUACUAGUACACGGAGUCUCUGUGGAUACGACCUUGCUUCCUGCAUUACUACCUUAGAACGAUAGGUACCCUUGCCUAUUUUUCCUGUGUUAGUUACGGGCGAUCAAGUUUUUGGCGCCGUUGCCGGGGACUAAGUUAUUAGAAAAAGUUUUGAACUAUUAAUUUAGUCGCUUUAUUUUUCUUGUUAUAUCACACUUGUUGCUUUCACGGGUUGUUCUUGUUUUUGUGCUUGAAAUAGUGCAUGACCCAAAACCACCCACUUGGACUAUCAACCUUGAUCCCGAGAUCGAGAGAACUCUUCGUCAACGAAGGAGAGAGAAACAAGUGCAACCACACACAAUGGCGGAAGAACACGCCGAAGUGAACAGUCGGACAAUGUCUGUUUAUGCCCGUCCUACCUUGGCUGGAACUCACUCAAGCAUCCGAAGGCCCAAUAUCGAAGCCAACAACUUUAAAAUCAAAACUAGAAUGCUACAAAUGAUCCAAAAUCGGGUGCAAUUCAAUGGGAUGCCCGACGAAGAUCCCAACACUCAUAUCAAGAAGUUUUUGGAGCUCUGUGACACCAUCAAAAUCAAUGGUGCAUCCGUCGAUGCUAUUCGCCUUAGACUGUUCUUGUUCUCUCUCGACAACAGAGCACGGGAGUGGCUUGACGGUCAACCACGGAAUUCCACAACAACGUGGGAUGAGUUGGGUGAAAAAUUCUUAGACAAAUAUUUCCCACCAAGCAAGACGGCGAAGCUGAGGAACAACAUCGUCGCCUACCGCCAAGAAGACUCUGAAACUCUCUACGAAACUUGGGAGAGAUUCAAGAACACCCUCAGGAGAUGCCCUCAUCACGGCAUUCCCCAUUGGCUGCAAAUGCAAACUUUCUACAAUGGGCUAAAUCCAGAGACGAAACAAUCAAUUGAUGCAGCAGGGGGUGGCACCAUCAACAACAAAACACCUCCCCAAGUAGAGCAGCUAAUCGAAGACAUGGCAAUGAACAACUAUGAAUGGUAUUCCGCCCCAAAACAAGUGCCGACCACAGCCAACCAGAAGUGUCGGACUACACCAAGUCAACCCAGUUACAGCCUUGGCCGCACAAGUUGAAAACCUCAACAAAAAGUUCGACCAACUCACUGUAUCUGGCAAGGUGUACAAGUGUGAAUGGUGUGCUGGUGACCACAACACUACCGAGUGCAAGUUGAUCUCCUCAACAUCCACCACCGAGCAUGUUGAUUAUAUCAACAAUCCUCAGAGGAGCGGAAAUCCAUAUAGCGGCACAUACAAUCCAGGAUGGCGAAAUCAUCCAAACUUCUCUUGGUCCAACCAAGGGAAUCAACGCUCUCCACCCAGAUUUAAUCAAGCAUCAUCAAGCAAUUCCAAUCAGAACCAUCCACAACUGCCAUCACAAGAAAAGAAAUAUAGUCUCGAAGAUAUGAUUGGCAAGUUCAUCUCCACCUCCGACUCCAAAUUCCAAGCUCUAGACAAAUACAUUUCCGUCUCCGAGGAUCGAUUCCAAAACCUUAAAGCGGGCCAACGGCAUCUUCAAGAUUCGGUGCAUAAUUUGGAAACACAAGUUGGGCAAAUAGCCAAGCUACUUUCUGAGAGAAAUCAAGGCAGCCUGUCGAGCGACAGCGAAGUCAAUCCGAAGCAGAAGCAACAUUUGAAAGCCAUCUCACUCCGGAGCGGCAAAAAGUUACAACCGAGCAACUCCCCUUAAACCGAGAAAGAUACAAAUUCAGAAAAAGAUGCCGACACCACUCAGCCCCAAAAGCUCGUGGUGCCAAAAUAGGAGUCAAAAAUUCCAUUCCCAUCACGACUCCACAAGGAUCGCCUUGACGGACACUUCGGCAAAUUCCUGGACCUCCUGAAGCAAAUUCAUGUUAAUAUCCCAUUUGUGGAGGCCAUGUUUCAAAUGCCAAAGUAUGCUCGGAUCCUGAAAGAAAUCCUCACCGACAAGCGGAAAUUGGAGGAUCUGUCAACAGUAAUGUUGAAUGAGGAAUGUUCGGCCAUCCUCCAAAACAAGCUUCCGGAGAAACGAAAAGACCCAGGGAGUUUCACUAUACCUUGCUUAAUUGGUUCUAUCUAUAUUGAUAAAUCUUUAGCUGACCU